AAAAGCAAAUUAACAAAAUACACCACUUCCAACCACAAAUGAGAGAUACAUUUAAGCAACCUCUAAUAUUGACUAUGCAACAAGAAAUGGAAAGUUAAUAACAGCUACUUCACGCCGACACUCUGGCUUAGGGGCCCCCUGUGCUCAUGGGCCCCUGGGCCUGGGCCCGGUAGGCCUUUUCGGUAAUCCAUCCCUGUGCAUAUAUGAAUGUACUAGCAAGCUACUGCUACUACUACGUAUUUGUGUGUAGUUCACUUCUCCUCAACACUGCACUUAUAACUGCACAUUGUGGCAUUAUAAAUCUUGUAGUUAUGCUAGUUCCCCCCACUUACCAUCCAUUUUGAUAUAUAAUUUCCCCUAUGUAAUGUAUAAAUCAUCACUGUACGUGGUGGAGACUUAACUUGCAUACGGAUUGAGACAUGCCUUUUUAGAGACCUUCACAGGCAGGUAUAUUCAGGUCAGAUACAUACUAAUUCAGAGAAUAGAGAACAAUUCAGAUGCAGUGGCAAUUUACUAUAUGGUUGAAAUACUUAAAAUGUCUGGGCAAUUCCAUGUCCAUACCUUUGAUUUCGUAGCAGCUCAUGUAAUGAUUUAAUGAUUCAAAAAUAUUAUAAAUCUGUUUUGGGAAACUUUAUGUCAAUAUGUCUACUAGUAUUAUAGUACUAGUUAUUUCUGUGAUGUCAUCUGUGUCACUAUUUAUAUUUUACGAAGAAGCACUGAUACCAGCUGUAAAGAGUUUACAGUAUAUAAAAUAAAAUCUUUAUGUACAUGACAUUAUUGUCUUGAUUGUAAUACCUUAGUCUAUGAUAGGAGACUUGGAGUCACAAAUAGAUUUGUCCUAGUUUAUAACUGCGAUGAUGGGAUGGAUGGUAAGACAGUUGUUUUACUGUCAGCUUCACAAAGCUAAUAACAAUCUUUUAUGUUAAUAAUCAUUUAAGUUGACAGGUUAAGGCUUUUCCAGUUUGGUGAUAUCCUCAAACUGUCUGCACUGGCAGGCAUUGACUACGAGAGCUGAGAUCAGGCCAAUCAAGCUGUGCUGUUAUUUAAUCUUUUGUCAUGCCAGGGGCAUGUUUAAAGUAAACGGAUGCCUACAACAUGUGCAAACACAGAUUUAAAAAAAUCAAAUAACACUGAGGAAGUUGGAUUUGAAAAUGUAGCUGAAACAUUAGAAGCGGACUCUGCAGUACUGGUAAAUAGUAUUGGUGAGAUCAGCAGACUGUGCUUAGGUAUAGUUGAAUCCUUCAACAUUUUCAAAAGGGAUGCAGUUAAGAAUCGGACAUCUGGGAUUUUUCUGCUUGACAACUAAUGAAGCCAUCUUUGUAGAAAACAUUCAAGGGUGCUUUGUUAUCAAUUUAUAGCAGUAUAUAGUUGCUAGGGAACCUUUUAGAAGUUGUAAUAUAACAGAUGUGGCUGCCACAUGAUGCUUUCUGAUGAGAAGCCCUCCUUCAGUAAAUAUUGAAGAACAGCUGAAAGCUUAUGCAAUUUUCUUUGUAUGAAAAGGCUUACAUUUCAAGUAGGGAGGGAGAGAGCAAGAGAUGAAUAGAUCUUGGAUAUUAAAGAAAACCCACUUUCUUAAUUCAUAAAUGUAAUUGUUGGAUAAGAGAAUUAAGGAAAAUAUCCCCAUAGCAGAAGAAGAAGUCUGCAUUAACUAGGCUAUAGGAUUUUGUGCAUUGUGAUAAUGUAUUUGUGAAAAUGAUAUCAAGAGUCUGGAACUCUGUAUUUGCUUUUAUGCAACACAUACACUCUCAUUUAUCAGUUUACCAUUUGCUUAGUAUUUGUUGAAGUAUUUGUGAAAGUAUUCUCAAAAGAAGUAGCCUAUACCUGGGUAUUACAAUAACCGUACACAUUCUCUAGCUCUCUACGUUUAUUUUGAGCAGCCCAUGGCCAAUUUUUGAGCCAAUAUUUGUUAUGUGACAAAGAUAAUCUACUCAACUACGUCCCUUUUCUCUGAAGCUUUACAUUUUCGAUCAGAUCACUUGUAGCGUAAUUGAGGUGCUAUCAGUUUGAUAGAGGCGGGCUUUCUCUUGCAGACUAUCCUGUAAAACGUUGUUGCUGAAGGACGGGGAUAAGUAUACACUUUGCUCAUUAGUCAAGGUAGAUUCUUUGCUCGCUUUUGGUGUCUGUUGCAUUGCUGCAUCCGUUUGCCUAGUGGUGAGGUGAACUAGAAAAAGUUGUGCAAAGGGGUCUUGCGACCUGAGGCGCAGACAUGGCGAAGAAAAGCCUCUUCACCAAGAACGGCCUUAAAAGUUUAUUUUCCAAAAGUGAAGCGAAUUUAAAAGAUUGCACGGAAAAGGAUGAUCGAGGUGGCGGUGGAAAAUCAUUUAAACUUCCUAAGUUUAAAAAGAAGAAAAAGACGGAUAACGAAACGGUAUUGGAGGUGACAGAUGCUGACAGAGCCAACACCGGAGAGGGGAGAGGCGAAGACUCCUGGCUCGAGGUCCCCGUAGAUCAGAGUGCAUCUUUAUACGGCACAGCCCCGAGGUCAAAGAGAGAUUUCUAUGCCUCAGAAAAUGACCUCCGGAAAUCAAAGAAAUUUGGCACGUUUUCGUUCAGCUGGAAGAAGAAGAAGAAAAGAUAUGCGGAUCUUCCUGAGCAAGCAUCGGAGUCAGAGGUCAUGGACAGUGAGGAACGGGGGGUAGGUCAGGAGGAUGCAGCUAAUUUCCUGUCACCUCACCCAGAGGACGCUUCACAUGACACACACGGGGCGGUAGAGCAAACCAAACCCAAUUUGGUUCCCACAAACCCUCCCUCUACUCACACUCACCAAUCCCAGGUCCAGGAUUCAUUGACAGACAAGCCUUUGACAAAUGAGAAAGCUGUUGUGGAACCAGGGAAGGAAAGGUUUUCACCCCAGCCAGUGGGGAGCUUUGGUUACCAAGCUGACAUUACUCUUCCUGACUUAGUGACCAACGUCAACACUAGGGACAUGAUCCCAGACAGACCCAUUGCACAACUUUCUAAGGCUAAGCCUUCCCUCCAACAAAAAAGCCCCCUGCAGGCCAAGUCCCCUGGCUAUGAAAAACUCUCCUCUGACUUUAAACCUGUCGCCCUCUUACCUCAGGCUGUCCUUCCACUGACUGGAUGUGAAACAGGAGAAGCCAAUUACACCAAAACAGGUAAAUUGAUGAACAGUGUAACUCCAGUGCAACCAGAUCCUUCUGGUCUCUCACCUCCUGAGGCAGUCAGCUCUGUCACUCAAAAUGACACCAGACCCUCCAGUGGUAGUUCUUACCUAACCAGUCCUCCGGAGUCCUGCAAAUUUACGGCCAACGAUGGCCAGAGACUCACAAACUCCUACUUAUCUGUUGAUGUCUGUGAUGUUCCUCUUCCAAACACUGAUAUCAACAUUCCUGAAGCUGACAUUAUUCAUGAAAUUGCUAUCCCUGAUGGCACUUCUAACAGCGCAGCACUUGCUAAUGACAUGAUUUCUCCCAAUACUGACACCCUUAUGCCUGAACGUGAAAUCACUGUGACCACUGCUGACAUCAGCACUCCCGAACCUGACACUCAAACCUCUGCUGACGUCACUGUUACCACCUUUGACACCACAGAGAUUCUUAGUGUGGGUACUACAGUUCCCGACCCUGCUAUGCCAUCUCCCAGCUCUGAAAUCACGGCUGAUAUCACUGGCAUCAAUGCUUCUGUUUCUAAUGCUGACAUCUCUGAUACCUCUGCUGGAAUCACAGUAACUAAAAAUGACACAUCUUCUCUGUCUGCUAACAUCACCAUUCCAGAAAGUGAAAUUCCUGCGGCCUGUUCUGACAUCCUGUUUCCUAGUAGUGAUACGCUUAUCUCCAGUACUGAUGUCGCCUACACUGAAGCUGACAUCUCUCAUAUCACUGCUGACACAAUGGCUUCCAGAGCAGAAAUAGCAGAUUCCAGCACUGACAUGAGGUCUUCUGUUACUCACAAUGAUACAACCUUUCUUAAUGCUGACAUCAUGCUUCACUCCUCAGCCCCUCAACACCCCUCAGAGUUCAGUUCUGUAAAUGUAACUUCCUGUGUCAGUGAAGCGGAUUCUGAAACUGAAGCACAUCAGACUAACCUGACUCAGCAUUAUCGCAGUGCAGUUGACCGUCCACAUUCUGAAUGUCCCGGUUCUGAGUCAGCAGAAACUGAACCUGCUGCUUUAACCUGCAUCUCACCUCCUGAGUCAGUCAGCUCUGACACUCGAAAUGAGACCAGACCCUCCAGUGGUAGUUCUUACCUAAUCAGUCCUCCUGAGUCCUGCAUUGACAAAGGUACGGCCAACGAUGGCCAGAGACUCAUAAACUCUUACACAUCUGUUGAUGUUUGUGAUGUUACUCUUCCAAACACUGAUAUCAACAUUCCUGAAGCUGACAUUAUUCAUGAAAUUGCUGUUCCUGAUGGCACUUCCAACAGCGCAGCACUUAUUUCUCCCAAUACUGACACCCUUAUGCAGCAACGUGAAAUCACUGUGACCACUGCUGACAUCAGCACUCCCGAACCUGACACUCAAACAUCUGCUGACGUCACUGUUACCACCUUUGACACCACAGAGAUUCUUAGUGUGGGUACUACAGUUCCUAACCCUGCUAUGCAUUCUCCCAGCUCUGAAAUAACUGAUAUCAACAUUCCUGACCGUCCAGACUCUGAAUGUCCUGGUUCUGAGUCAGCAGAACCAGAACCUGCAGAUUUACCCUGCAUCCCUCAGGCUUCUGACUUAGACCCUACUCUUCCAGAGUCUGACCUCCAGUGCCCAGAGUCUGACCUCCAGUGCCCAGAGUCUGACCUGCAGUGCCCAGAGUCUGACCUCCACUGCCCAGAAUCGGACCGCCACUGCCCAGAAUUGGACCUCCACUGCCCAGAGUCUGACCUCCACUGCCCAGAAUCGGACCUCCACUGCCCAAAAUCGGACCUCCACUGCCCAGAGUCUGACCCCCAGUGUCCAGAGUCUGACCCCCAGUGCCCAGACUCUGACCCCCAUUGCCCAGAGUCUGACCCCCAGUGCCCAGAGUCUGACCUCCAGUGCCCAGACCUCCCAGGCACCACUGCCUCUAGUGCUCUGGAGUGCUCAGAUGUAAGGGUGUCUCCAAGUGACAGUAAUCUAAGUUCUAUGGAAUCCCUUCUUGCCAACAAUCUCGUCGGGAUAAAGGAGUCAGACCCCUCUCCUUCUCAAGGCCCUUCCCUCGCUACUAAAAUCAGGGAUCUAGUUCCACCAGCUAUGUACUCCCUGUCUGAUGAUGACUGUGUCAGAAUGUCCUCUGGGUCCAGCAAUGCCCAUAUAAAGCCCCUCUCCUCUCAAACGGCAACCACAGGAUCCUACUCCGGUUCUACUAUUGAAGUUGAGGUAGCAAUGGUGAAAGAACAAGAAAGUUCCAUGAGGACUGAGGAGCACAUGGAAGGCCAAGCUGGGAGUGUGAAGAAUGGAUCAGGUUCUCCGACGGAUCUAAGAAGUCUGCCAGAGGGUAAGGAUGGAGAAUUGGAUGGAAAGACGAAGGGAAUUCCUUUUGGUUUGUUGGACACUGAAGAACAUGUAAAAACAAAAGGGAGUUUUAAUGAUGUCAGGGCAAGUGAAGUCAGUGAACACUUUACAUCACCAGUGAUGGAAGAAGUAACUGCUUUUGCAAACAUACAGGGCCUUGCACAGAGUACCGGAGCUCCAGUACAGCCUGAAACCUUCCUUGAAGAGAGUAAGCAAGCACAGCUGACUGACAUACACAUAGCCGCUGAAACACAGGUGGUGAUUCAAGAUGUUUCCACUGACCUGAAACCAGUGGAUGUGGAUGAAUCUACAGAAAACACUGCACAACAAAACCAGGCUGAAUUCGCUUUGCUGACAGAUGUGAAAGCUGCUGCGGAAUGCUGUGUACCUACACCUCAGAGUGAUAGCUUUGAGGGAGAGAAAAUGAGUGAUGUUGCCACUCCACUGAUUGGUGACAGACGGGAAAGUGUUGAUGGAGGUCAGGAUGGAGUAAUCACUGACAUUCCUCAGUGUCCGAACACAGAGGCAGACACUUUGUCUUCUGAUUCUGCACAAGUUGAUGAUCCCAGAGUUGUGAGUUUCGUUGAAAACCAAUGUAGACAAACAGAAGAUGUAUUCACGGGUGGAACGGACAAAAGGAUUGAGGUCAGGCUAGGGGAAGCUACGGUUGGACAGGUGGAGGUGAGUGAAUCUAUUGUUGGAGUAGAAGUGGGGGAGAGAGGUGUAGACCAAAAGCAAAUCCCUGAAGAAAUGAGUGACACUAAUUAUUCUAUGGAUGGAGAGACCUAUAUACAACAGGAGGUUUUGUUUCAAACAACUGGGGAGGUGAAACAAGAGGAGGUGGAAGGGGAGAAGCCAGAGCAGGGUUCUCUCGCUCCUCCGUGGGAACCAGCCACACCGGUCGCUCAGGUGUGCAAGCCAGUGGAAUGUGACCCGGCCCCUCCCUCCCAGGAGCCUGGAAAGGAAAGGGUGUGGGGAGCGGCGUCACUCAACAGCUGUAGCCUGGCAACGUUCCCUGACCUGGGGACAGAGCCCCUCCCCCGAGCACAGGGCAAGAUAACUGAAAAGGAGUGCAGCGUGGCGACAGAAUCCACCAAUAACCCGCCCGAGAGCCAGCCCAGUCCCUCACACCGCCCCUGUAGCGCGGACUCUGCCCAAGCGCACCCCGCAAACACGCGGCUCCCGGACACCGAAACACAAUCACAAUACGCCGAGGCAGAAACACACAUGCAGCACGCAGGCACAGAGACACGCGCCGCCAAUGCCGACACACUCCAUUCCAUUGGAACAAUACGGCAGGCCCACCCCGCACAGCCCACACAGUGGCAGAGUGAAACAAACAGCAGCACAGAUAGGCACGCUACUAUCACUGAUUCUACAAACGUGGCGCUCCUCAAAGCUAACACCGGGACAGAGGCUGCUGUCCCAUUCAUGGUUGAGUCUGGAGGGGACGUGUUCUCAGACAGGCUGACUGUGCCAACUCCUAACCUGGCGGGCACGGAACUCCCCAAGCAGCACAGGCCUAUAAUAAUAGUACAGCGUGCAGUGGGUCCUACUGUAGCUGAGGAGGGUUCCAGUAAGAAUCGGGCACCUGUGGUCACAACUGACUCCUCCACAAUGGAAGUCUCCAACGCCUCAUUCACCCUCCGCUCCUUCUCUACACCCGCAACCAAAGAUGAUUCUGGAAAACUGUGCAACAAAGUUUCCAUCGUUGGCAUUCCGGAGACCCCAGAGCGCACGGUGCCCCAUGUGAUGAGCAGCACCACACACUACAACGAACCGAGCUCCCCGACCGCGUCCGAGCUGGACCACUGGAGGAUGCGCUACGGAUAUUCACGACAGAACCCCGGACCCAAAACUUUCCCUCUCACAGAGAACCUAGAUUCCCACCGUUGGGGAACCUCCUCCUACUCAUCCACAUUCACUGACGCUCUACCCCAGCCAGCUCAUUACACAACCCAUACUUUCUCCCCUGGGAGGGAGCAACCUGAGAAACAGCCUACCCCCGCUCCUCUGUCAUCCCCAGGCAACCGGAGCAGCAACCAGAGCGAAGUCCAGCCCAGCGAGUCAGGUGGGAGGAGCUGGGCGGGGCUUGCAGCACCUGCUGUGGAGGGAGGGAGAGUGAAGGAAACAGAGUCGGAGCGACGAGAAGAGGGAAGGUUCUACGCAGGCUCCGACGCGCCCGGGCUCUCAGAUUACACACCGUCUGCCUCUGCUGUGGCUUCGCCUGUGCUUUUGGACAGCCACAGCGUGGAUACCGACGGCUGGCUCAGCGGCGUGUUCAAGGCCACACGUGUGGAUAUCACUCCCUCCUCCCCCACCUCCUUAUUUUCCAAAACCUCUCCCACCACCAGCAGCACUCCACUCAGUCCUCAGGAGCCAGUCUCCCCUCACCUGGAGACUCUAAUGGACACUUUGAAGAGCAUGGACAAGCCAGCCAGGACGAGGGGCUCUCGCCUCUCCGGGCUCCCCUCUCUGCCCUCCAUCACGGAGGACAUCCCCGACGGCCCUGCGAAGGUGCCGAGCCCGACGACCAUCCCCACCAGCAGAUACUCGGAGACCCUGGAUCACACGCAUCAGCAGCUGCUACACUCCUCUUCUGCUCUGAACGGCAACGGUCAGGUCAACCUGCCAGCCAACCUGGGCCUGAACUGGAACACCACCAAGGAUAUGCGCUCCCCGCUGACCCUGAUGAAGCUCCAGCAGCAGCAGAGCGGCCUCAACAUGCCCCUCAGGGCCUCCUCGGUAAACAGCAUCGUCAUGCGCGGCUCCUCAUUCGGCGAGGAGGACCCCUCCCAGCUCAACAAUCUCAACCUGAUGAACGGCAACGCUGGCCUCCCGAGCCCCUCCAGGCUGGACAACAGCCUCAUCUUCAACAGCUACCAGCCCCAGCAGUCCUACCAGCCUCAGCAGUCCUACCAGCCUCAGCACUCUUACCAGCCUCAGCACUCCUACCAGCCCAUGGAGAAUGGCAUGGCGGGCUCCCACAACCAGCGCUCGCUCUUUCGCACGGGAUCGCUCCCCGACACAGGCAGCAUGGGGGGCCACGAGCGCAUCAGCUCGGCGUCACUCGGCCUGGGAGACAUGCAGAGCCACCUGCAGACCAACCUCAACACCUCCCGCAUCGAGCGCCUCUCCUUCCUCGCCUCGCCCGCCGGCUCCGCCACCCUGGACAUGUCCAACAACCGCAUGAGCAUGCCACCGCCACUGCAGCUCAACCCGCUGUCCGACAUGAACAUGGGCUUGGGCUUGGGCCAGACUGGGCAAGGGAGCCCGCUGGACUCCAUGCAAUACCGCGGCCUCCAGCGCAGCUUCAGCACCGAUGGCUAUAUGGGCUCGGCUGGCUCGACCAUGGGAACACCCCUCUUCAACGACAACACAAACGGCCGUGGCCAGCAGACUAGCCAGGAGCCAGAGCCGGCAAAAGCCCCAGCCCCCAAAUACCGAGCAUUCCCUGAUGCCUAUCUCACCAAGGAGAAGGAACAUGGCAAGCUCAACCCACGGCCUGGCAAGAUGAUCAUAUUUGACCAGCCAGGCAUGAAGGGUCAAAAGAUUGAGGUGCGUGGUGAUGUUGUUGAUGCCACACCAUGGGACCUCCCAGAGAGCAUCUCCAUAAGAGUGAUUAGAGGAGGAUGGGUUUUGUAUGAGAAGCCCAACUUUAAGGGGGAGAAGAUUGCCCUUGAUGAAGGGGACAUUGAGACACUGACGCACCCCUUCGACAUACCAGAGGAGGCCAAUAAACUGAAUGGAGAGGUAGUGAAUGGGGAGGCCAACCAGGAGCCCGCGCCUAAAAAGUUUGUCAUUGGAUCCAUACGCCGAGCAGUCCGGGACUACGGCGUCCCAGAGAUCAGUCUGUUCCCUGAGGAGAAUGCUGAAGGGAAGAAGGUGGUUUUCCGAGACACGUCAGAGGAUGCACGGAUCUUUGGCUUCCCCAUCAAAGCCAACUCAAUUAUCAUCAAUGCUGGCCUCUGGCUGGUCUAUGCUGAACCUUUCUUCCAGGGGAUCCCCCGAGUCCUGGAGGUGGGGGGCUUCACAAACCCGGCGGCCUGGGGCGUGACCCAGCCCUAUGUGGGUUCACUGCACCCCCUCAAAAUUGGAGAGCCCAGAGUGGAGAAACCAAAUGAACCGAAGCUGGUGCUUUAUGAUAAGCCCUACUUCACUGGGAGAACACGCGAGCUGUACACUCAAAUGAGAGACUUCAUGACACGGAUAGACCGCCAGCAGACCGCCUUUAUGUACAAUGCCGGCUCCAUCAAAGUCAUAGGUGGCUGCUGGGUGGGUUAUGAGAAGGAGGGCUUCCGUGGGAAGCAGUACCUGCUGGAGGAGGGCGAGUACCAGGACUGGCGUGUGUGGGGAGGUUGUGAUGCAGAACUGCGCUCUGUCAGGGUCGUUCGAGCUGACCUGACUGACCCAUCUCUGGUGAUGUACGAGAUGCCAGAUGAGGAGGUGGAGGAGCCACAGGAGGAGCGCACGUUCGAGGUGACGGAGGCCAUCCCUGAUGUGGAGCUGUUCGGCUUCCGUAACACCAGCCGCUCCCUCGAAGUACUCAGCGGAGCGUGGGUAGCCUACUCUCAUGUGGAUUACUCUGGAGACCAGUUCAUCCUGGAAAAGGGCUUCUACAACAACUGUGCCGACUGGGGAUCUAGUGAUAACCGCAUCUGUUCCAUCCAGCCCAUUCUUAUGGCGCCUACGGAUGGGCCAGGAUACAGAAAUGAGGUACUGCUGUACUCAGACACAGACUUCCAAGGCAACUGUAAGCUCUGUAGUAAGAAUGAAGAGACUCUACCCGAUAGCUUCAUCGCUAAGUCCUGCAGAGUGGUGGGCAGCAGUUGGGCCAUGUAUGAGGGCCGUACCUUCUCUGGGAACCUCUACACUGUGUCUGAGGGAGAUUACCCCAAUUUAAACAGCAUGGGAUGCCCCCCACACUGUAUCUUACGCUCCCUCAAGGCUGUGCCAGUGAUGUUCUCCGUUCCCUCUAUCUCACUCUUUGGCCUUGAGUGCUUUGAGGGCCGGGAGGUAAGAGUGGAUACAGAGGUGCUUAACUUGCUGGAGGAAGGCUUCAACAACCAUGUGCUGUCAGUCAGGGUCAAUAGCGGCUGCUGGGUGGUGUGUGAACACAGUAACUACAGGGGGCGCCAGUUCCUGCUGGAACCCAUUGAGGUCACCAGCUGGCACAAAUUCAGUGAGCUCGCCACCAUUGGCUCCAUGUACCCCAUCCGUGAGAAACGGAGGUACUUCCGGGUGAAGAACAAAGAGCGCGGCCACUACCUCUCCAUCCAGGGAGGAGUGGAGGACAUGAAGUCGGGCCGUGUGGUAGUGAUGGAGGAGGUGGAAGGCACGAGCGAUGUCUGGUACUUCCAAGAUGGUCUCCUUAAGAAUAAGUUGGCGCCCUCGAUGACCCUGCAGGUGAUGGGAACAGUGGAGCAAGGGGCAAAGGUGGUCCUGUGGACCGAGACCCGCACACCCAUCCAGACCUGGUCAUUCAGCCCCAAAAAUAUCAUCUGUAGCAUGACCUUCCCUGGCAUGGUGCUGGACAUUAAAUGUGGUAAAGUGUAUGACCGGGACCAUGUGGUGAUCCGGGAGGAGAGUGAUGAGCGGCCAUGCCAACACUGGGAGGUGGAGCUGCUGUAAGGACCCCAACACCUCUUUAAACCUCACACCCCACCCCCCCCACCUGCAUUAGGCCCCCCUCCCCAUUCUGCCCUGCUGAGCCAGGCUCCUGUCUCUUCCCACGUCUAGCAUAAAGCCGUGAGUCAAGGAGCUGUUGCAAGAGGAAGUCACUGGAGUUCACUUUGUACUUUGUAACUGCCCCCUCCUCUUCGUCUAACUCUCAUGCUCCUCCUCAUUUUCUCUGUGUGUCUAUAUUUGAGUGAAGAGCAUGGACUUGGACAAAUAUGGACUGGCAAUCGCCAUGAGUACUGCACUUAUGGCUGUGGUGCUUUCAGGAUUAUGAACUACAUCCCAAGACAUAUAGACAUACAGACACACACACACACACACACACACACACGCACACACACACACACACACAC